AUGCCCAAAGCGACGACUCCUACCGCAAAUCGCGGCUCCCGCCGUCACAACCCCCUCGAGGACGAUCUUCUCGCCACGGGAAUUCUCCGCAACAAGCCUAGCAAAAAGGGCUCCAAGAACGACAAUGACGAGGACCAAGAUGCGUUUGUCGACUCCAAGGCGUCCAAGAACAUUCUCCGUAUUGGUCGCGAGCUGGCCGAAGAAGACAAUGCCGAGCGUGCAGGCGCUGUUGCGCCCCCCACCAUUGACAACUUUGGCUACGACUCCCGUUUUGGUGAUCUCGAGGACGAGGCCAAGGUGUACGGCGACGACGACGAAGCCUGGGGAGACGACGACGACGAGGUAGAGGAAAUUGAAGUCGACCCCAAUGAUUUGGAAAUGUACCGCAAGUUCAUGCCCGACGAGGAAGACGACCUGCUCAAGCACGGCUGGGACCGUCAGCCCACUGGCGACGAACAGGACGAGGAGCCCACCAACCUGGCCGAUCUCAUCCUCCAAAAGAUUGCUCAGCACGAAGCCCGACAGGAGCACGGCGAGGUCGCCCCUCCUCCCGACGACUAUGAGAUCCCUCCCAAGGUUGUCGAAGUAUAUACCAAGAUCGGUGAAAUUCUCUCCCGCUACAAAUCUGGUCCUCUUCCCAAGCCUUUCAAAAUUCUUCCCACGAUCCCUCACUGGGAAGAUAUUAUCGACAUCACCAAGCCCGAGAAAUGGACGCCAAACGCUACUUACCAAGCGACUCGCAUCUUCGUUUCGGCCAAGCCCCACGUCGUCCAACGGUUCCUGGAGAUGGUCGUUCUCGAGAAGGUCCGCGAGGAUAUUUACGAAACGAAAAAGCUCAACGUCCAUCUGUUCAACUCCCUCAAGAAGGGUCUAUACAAACCAUCGGCUUUUUUCAAAGGCUUCCUUUUCCCUCUUGUCGGUAGCGGAACCUGCACCAUUCGCGAGGCACACAUCAUCUCUGCCGUCCUUGCGAGAGUUUCCAUCCCGGUUCUCCACUCUGCCGCGGCCAUCAAGGGACUCUGCGACAUUGCCGCCCAAGAAGCCUCCCAGAACAACGAGGGUGGUGGCGCAACCAACUUGUUUCUCAAGACCCUUCUCGAGAAGAAGUAUGCUCUGCCCUACCAGGCCAUCGACGCACUUGUUUUCCACUUCCUCCGCUUCCGCAGCGUCGACCCCGCCUCGGUACAAGAGGAUGAAGCCAUGGCUGGCGUUACUGGCGACGUGCGUACCAAGCUGCCCGUCAUCUGGCACCAGGGCCUUCUCGUAUUCGCACAGCGAUACAAGGGCGACAUUACAGAGGACCAGCGCGAGGCCCUUUUGGAUCUGCUCCUCACACAUGGCCAUUCAGCUAUCGGUCCCGAAGUUAGACGAGAACUUCUCGCAGGUAGAGGUCGUGGCGUGCCGCUGGAGCAGCAGGGCGACAUCCUCGACGGUGACGAUACUAUGUUGAUUGAUUAA